AUGGAACUCUCAUCAAACUUAAAAGACCUAUAUAUUGAAUGGUUACAAGAAUUAGUUGACGGAUUAACCCCUAAACAAGAACAACUCAAAAUAGCCUAUGAAAAAGCAAAAAGGAAUUUACAAAAUGCUGAAGGUUCAUUUUAUUAUCCUACAGAUCUAAAGAAAGUUAAGGGAAUUGGCAAUACAAUAAUAAAGAGAUUAGAUACGAAAUUACGGAACUAUUGCAAAAUUCACCACAUAUCUCCCGUUGAGGCUCCUUCCUUAACUCAGACAAGUAGCACCAGACCACCAAAGAGGACUACUACAGCUUUGCGUAGCAUAGUAAACUCAUGCGAAAAUGAUAAGAAUGAAGCUCCCGAAGAGAAGGGAACUAAAAAGAGAAAAACUAGGAAGUAUAUACCCAAAAAAAGAUCUGGAGGCUACGCUAUCCUUCUUUCCUUACUCGAGCUUAAUGCCAUUCCUCGAGGCGUUAGUAAAGAGCAAAUCAUCGAGGUUGCAGGAAAAUACAGUGACCAUUGUAUGACUCCAAAUUUCUCCACAAAAGAAUUCUACGGUGCUUGGUCGUCUAUUGCUGCACUUAAAAAACAUUCGUUGGUUCUUGAGGAAGGUAGACCAAAACGGUAUUCGCUAACAGAGGAAGGUGUAGAACUAACAAAGAGCUUAAAGACGGCAGACGGAAUCUCUUUUCCAAAAGAAAAUGAAGAACCUAACGAGUAUUCCGUAACCAGGAAUGAAAGUAGUGAAUUCACAGCAAAUCUGACUGACCUCCGUGGUGAAUAUGGUAAGGAAGAAGAGCCCUGCGAUAUAAAUAACACUUCAUUCAUGCUGGAUAUAACUUUUCAAGAUUUGAGCACGCCGCAAAGGCUGCAGAACAAUGUAUUUAAAAAUGAUAGACUGAAUAGCCAAACUAAUAUAUCUUCUCAUAAAUUGGAAGAGGUCUCUGAUGAUCAAACAGUACCUGAUUCCGCAUUAAAGGCUAAAAGCACAAUAAAGAGGAGAAGGUACAACGGAGUAAGUUACGAAUUGUGGUGUAGUGGUGAUUUCGAAGUUUUCCCAAUUAUUGAUCACAGAGAAAUAAAGUCACAAUCUGAUCGUGAGUUUUUUUCAAGGGCAUUUGAAAGAAAAGGUAUGAAGUCAGAGAUAAGGCAACUCGCUUUGGGUGAUAUUAUAUGGGUUGCCAAGAAUAAAAAUACCGGGUUGCAGUGUGUGCUCAACACCAUAGUUGAAAGAAAAAGGCUAGACGAUUUAGCUUUAAGUAUAAGGGAUAACAGGUUUAUGGAGCAAAAAAAUAGGUUAGAGAAAUCUGGCUGUGAACACAAAUACUAUCUCAUUGAGGAGACUAUGAGUGGCAACAUUGGAAAUAUGAAUGAGGCCCUAAAGACCGCGCUUUGGGUCAUUUUAGUGUAUUACAAAUUCUCCAUGAUAAGAACUUGCAAUUCGGAUGAAACUGUGGAAAAGAUACAUGCGUUGCAUACUGUAAUUUCUCAUCACUAUUCUCAAAAAGAUCUCAUAGUUAUAUUUCCAAGUGACCUUAAAAGCAAGGACGAUUAUAAAAAGGUGCUUCUACAGUUUCGUCGAGAAUUCGAACGAAAAGGCGGUAUUGAAUGCUGUCAUAAUCUUGAAUGCUUUCAAGAACUAAUGGGAAAAGGCGAUCUAAAGACGGUUGGUGAGCUAACUAUACAUGUUUUAAUGCUUGUUAAAGGUAUAUCUUUAGAAAAAGCAGUAGCCAUCCAAGAAAUAUUUCCUACCCUGAAUAAAAUACUAAUGGCAUAUAAAACGUGCUCCUCGGAAGAAGAGGCUAAAUUGUUGAUGUUUAAUGUACUGGGAGAUGCACCUGGUGCGAAGAAAAUUACUAAAUCUCUUUCAGAAAAGAUAUAUGAUGCUUUUGGUAAACUUUAG